AUGUUCACAUUCACUCCCCUUCUCGGGGCGCAGUCGUCAUCCUCGAGGGCCUCACAGUCGAUUCUUGAACUGGAUGGCGGUAUCAAGAUUCUGGUGGACGUUGGUUGGGACGAGUCUUUUGAUACUCGUGACCUGGCAGAGCUCGAGAAGCACAUUCCAACUCUCUCGUUGAUUCUUCUGACCCAUGCGACCCCGGCGCACAUUGGUGCUUUUGUCCACUGCUGUCGAACGUUCCCUCUGUUCACUCAGAUCCCGAUUUACGCGACAAACCCUGUCGUCGCGUUUGGUCGCACGUGUUUACAAGACCUCUACGUCUCAUCGCCACUUGCGGCAACAUUCCUCCCGAAGGCCUCAAUCUCAGAACCUGGUGCGUCGUCAACAGCAUCCGCCGUAGGCUCGGUGGGAGACGGCGAAGACAGCACCGAAGCUGCUGGCAGCUCAGGUCGGAUUCUUCUCCAAGCCCCGACAACGGAGGAAAUUGCGAGAUACUUCUCCCUCAUUCAGCCUCUCAAAUAUUCACAGCCACACCAACCCCUCCCGUCUCCGUUUUCACCGCCUCUGGACGGACUCACCCUAACUGCUUAUAAUGCCGGACACACCGUUGGAGGAACGAUAUGGCACAUUCAGCAUGGAAUGGAAUCUAUCGUUUACGCAAUGGACUGGAAUCAGGCCCGAGAGAGCGUCGUGGCAGGUGCUGCAUGGUUCGGUGGCUCCGGAGCGAGUGGCACUGAGGUCAUUGAGCAAUUGCGAAAGCCAACGGCUCUGAUCUGUAGUGCGAACGGGGGUGACAAGUUUGCAGUUUCUGGCGGCCGCAAGAAGAGAGACGAUCUCUUGCUGGACAUGAUUCGAAGCAGUCUGGCCAAAGGCGGUACCGUCCUUAUCCCGACGGACACGAGCUCGCGUGUACUGGAAUUGGCGUAUGCACUCGAGCAUGCUUGGCGUGAUGCGUCGAAUCCCGAGAAGGGCGAUGUUCUUCAAGGUGCUGGUCUCUAUCUAGCUGGCAGGAAAGUCAACACCACGCUGCGACUUGCCCGAAGUAUGCUUGAAUGGAUGGACGAGAAUAUUGUUCGAGAAUUCGAGGCGGCAGAGGGUGCCGACGGCCAAAAGGCUGGCGGUCAAGGUCAAGAAAAGGGAAGCGGGAAAGGCGUCGGUCCCUUUACUUUCAAGCAUCUCAAGACUGUAGAGCGCAAGAAGCGCCUCGAAAAGAUUCUGGCUGAGCAGGGGCCCAAAGUCAUCCUGGCGUCCGAUACCUCUUUGGCCUGGGGUUUCUCAAAGGAGUCACUCCGGCAAGUCGCGGAAGGUCCUAACAACUUGCUCUUGUUGACUGAGUCGUUCCGAAAGAGCAUGUCCGAUGCAAAUGAGGAGCUUUCCAAUACAUCAUCUCUUGGAAGCAUGAUUUGGCAAUGGUAUGAGGAACGAAGAGAUGGAGUCGCGCUGGAGAAAGGGCCCGAUGGAGAACUACUCGAGCAAGUCCAUAGCGGCGGACGGGAAUUGACCUGGACCGACGUGCAGCGAGCUCCUUUGGACGUGAGGGACCAAUUACUCUACCAGCAGUAUCUCGCUACAAAACGACAACUCCAGGAUACUUCCCAGGUACGAGGUCAAGAUAACCUCGAGAAUGCGGCGGAUGCACUGGACGACCGGUCUAGCUCUACGUCUUCUGAAGACUCCGAUUCCGAACAGCAGGGUCGAGUUCUCAACUUCUCUACAACGCUCGCACACUCGAACCGGAGUAAGCUGGCUCUGACUGAUGAAGACCUGGGUAUUAACGUCCUUCUCCGACGCAAGAAUGUUUACGACUACGACGUGCGAGGCAAGAAGGGACGCGAACGCAUGUUUCCAUACGUGGCGUCGCGGAAGAAAGGCGAUGAAUACGGAGAGUUCAUUCGGCCAGAAGAGUACCUUCGCGCAGAAGAGCGUGAAGAGAUCGAUAUGCAACAACGGCGAUCGGACGCGCAGACAAAGCUUGGCCAGAAAAGACGUUGGGACGAGGCAGCUGGGACCGGUGGACGAAGGCUCUCCGAUGGUGCUGGAGGUCGCAAACGCCAGCAGUUAUCAACAAACGGCCAGAAAGUCGAUUCGGGCAUUCCCGAUGACCUCAGCCUUCCGUCGGAGGGCGAAGGUGCUGAUGCGGCUGCAUCCUCGGAAGACGAGGCGGACAUGCAAUCAUUCGAGGGCCCCGCCAAGGCCGUAUAUAAUAAAGAGACGAUCACGAUCAAUGCCCGCAUUGCCUUUGUGGAUUUCAUGGGCUUGCACGACAAGCGCAGUUUGGAGAUGUUGAUCCCUCUUAUCCAGCCACAAAAGCUAAUCCUUGUCGGUGGAAUGAAGGAUGAGAUUUCAGCAUUGGCAGACGAGUGUAAGAAGCUGCUCACUGUGAAGGUUGGCGGGGAUGUUUCCACUACAAGUGCGGAUGCUGCCGCUAUUAUCUUCACCCCUGCAAAUGGAGAGGCCGUUGACGCCAGUGUCGACACCAAUGCCUGGACAGUGAAGCUGAGCAACACUCUCGUCCGACGUCUCAACUGGCAGCAUGUCCGCAGCCUUGGUGUCGUCGCUUUGACCGCACAACUUCGGGCGCCCGAGCUUCCCGUGGAGGAAGAGGACGUUGACGUCGACGCGGCUGGCAAGAAGAUGAAGCUAGUCAAGGAUGAAGCGGCUUCGUCUGCAGUGGUCCCGUCCAUCGACGAUGCCGCCCAGACCACCGAAAAGUCUGAAGCCUUCCCUCUUCUCGAUACAUUGCCCGCCAGCAUGGCUGCCGGUACUCGGUCUAUGGCUCGUCCACUCCACGUCGGUGAUCUUCGUCUUGCUGAUCUUCGCAAACUCAUGCAAGCUGCUGGACACACCGCAGAAUUCCGUGGUGAAGGUACCCUUCUCAUCGACAAGUCGGUUGCUGUACGCAAGUCAGGCACUGGCAGAAUCGAGAUCGAAGCCGCGGCACAGGCGGCAGCGAACCAGGCGGCUCUUGGCCGUAAUGCUGGGAGCUUCCUUGCGGUGAAGAGGAAGAUUUACGAGGGCUUGGCUGUUGUGGCAGGGAAUUAG